UUUCUUAUGAGUUUCUUUUGAGGGAAAAAUACGGUUUGGCCGCAGGCAGCUGUCACCCAUAUGAAUGACACCAUAUAUAUGAAUCAUCUUCUUAACAGUGUUGUCUCUGGUGAGACUCUUCCACACUGUGUUAGUUGAAUUAGCAUGACCCACUGUGCCCUGUCUAAGAGUGGCAUAUCUACAGAUGUGGCUUUUUUAGUAUAUGCAAGUAGAACUACAAUAAUCUGAAUAAUAAACCAAACUGCUGCAUAUAUGAAGUGGUGUAUAAGCCAUCUAAUAUGAAUCCCUGUCUCUGCUGUUAAUUCUCAUAUUGACAGAAACACUUCAUCUUUGUAAAUUAUUUAGAUGACAUUUUCACUUGCCAGACCUUAAAGGAUUAAAUAGGGGGAAAGCCAAUCCAGGUAUAUAUGUGUUUUGUUUUAAAAAUAAAUUGUAUACUUGGUCAAAAUAAUCUGUCGGGUUGCUUUGAGCAAUCCAGCUUGUUUCUGUACAGCCUCUGCCACGUGUCCUUCACAUAACAGCCUGUAGUGGCUGCACCUUGAGAAACAUGCUCCUCAUGCCAAGCAGGGGUAUUAGCCCCAAAUACAAUUUUGAAAUCAUGGAAAUCUCAUGCAUGUUGCUGGCAGGGAAUAUCUGAAGUUCACAAACCACCACCAGCCUCGCUUGGUUGGUACUGACUUAACUCAAGCUGUGUUGUAAUGGAAGUUAGGAUUCAGACCACCUGCAAAACCAGCUUUUUACACUUUUUGAAUAAGCAACCCCAUUUUAAAUGAUGAACAAGUUUUGCCUGGUAAUGAUUACUUCAGUACUUCCCUGCUUUAUUUGGUGGAACUGUCUCUGUUUAUGUGUCCUUCAGGACCUCAGAUCUAGCCUAGCUCAAGGUCUGAACUUCUUGAUAGAAUAUGAAAAUCAAGCGUGGGUUCAAGAUGCUUGCUUUCUCUGCAGAUGAGGCUGCAGGUUAAUUAACUGUUAGAAGUGUUCUUGUAGAUGAAUUUAAGCCUGUGAUUACAAUUGCAUACUAGUUUUGGCUGGGAUAGAGUUAAUUUUCUUCAUAGUAGCUUGUAUGGGUCUGUGUUUUGGAUUUGUGAUGAAAACCGUGUUGGUAACACAGGGAUGUCUUAGCUCUUCCUACGCAGUGCUUGCACAGUGCCACGGGCUGUUCUGCUCCUCACCGUGCUUGGCCAGUGAACAGUCUGGGGGUGCAUAAAGAGUUGGGAGGGGACGCAGCUGGGACAGCUGACCCAAACUGACCCAAGGGAUUUUCCAGACCAUAUGACGUCAUGCUUAGCAAUAAAACUGGGGGUGGCAGGGGGUGGAGGUUGACAGAGGGGCUGCUGUUCAGGGACUGCCUGGGCAUCAGUCGGUUGGUGGGAAGGAGAACUGAGAUAUACUGCAGUAAGAAAAACAGUAUGAUGGAUUCAGAAGGUUCCGCCCCAACGAAUUCAAAGGAAUAUCUGAGCAAUGACAUAACGGCUACCUCUGGUAAACAUUAUCUUUGUGGCUACUGUGCGGCCUUCACAAAUAUAGCAGUCACUUUUCCCAUCCAGAAGGUCCUCUUUCGACAGCAGUUGUACGGUUUGAAAACAAAAGAUGCAGUACAUCAGCUGCAGAAGGACGGAAUUCGAAAUCUCUAUCGUGGCAUUCUUCCCCCAUUAAUGCAGAAAACGACAACGUUGGCUCUAAUGUUUGGCUUGUAUGAAGAUUUCUCCUCCCUGCUCCAUAGCCACACAAGUGCUCCUGAACUCCUCACUCGCAGCAUGGCAGCAGUGCUUGCAGGGACCACAGAAGCUAUUCUUACACCUUUUGAGCGAGUUCAGACUUUGCUUCAGGACUACAAACACCACGAUAAAUUUACAAACACUUACCAGGCUUUCAAGGUACUCAAAGUCUAUGGGAUGAGAGAAUAUUACCGGGGAUUGGUGCCUAUUCUGCUCCGAAAUGGACCCAGCAAUGCACUCUUCUUUGGCCUACGGGGACCUAUCAAACAGUGUCUGCCUGAAGCAACUUCUUACAGCACUCAUUUGGUCAAUGACUUUAUCUGUGGAGGGCUGUUGGGUGCCAUGCUAGGAUUCUUGUUUUUCCCAGUGAAUGUUGUAAAAACUCGCAUGCAAGCUCAAAUUGGUGGUGAAUUUCAAUCCUUCUCAAAAGUUUUCGUGAAGAUCUGGCUGGAACGUGAUAGAAAACUGAUCCACCUUUUCAGAGGAGCCCAUCUGAAUUACCAUCGUUCUGUCCUGUCCUGGGGCAUAAUCAAUGCAACCUACGAAUUCUUGCUAAAGCUGUUAUGAAAACCACUACCUUCCUUCGGCUCGUCUGUUCAUUUGAGUAUUGGCAUGUAUGAUGUCACUUAAUCCCAGGGAACAGUGCCUGCGUAAUGUGAAAGGUAAUUAGUCUUGGCCUUCAAUAUUUAUGGGGUGAAUGGUGAUGCAUCUAAACCUUUGUGCAAUUAAGAUGACCUUUUUGAAGUAUUUUUGCUGGGAAGUGAGUUUACCCAUAAUGGAGCUACUAGACAAACACAAGGUUUAAAAAAAAAAAAAACCACAAAACCAAAAAAAAAAAAAAAAACCUGAACACUUACAUUAGUCCAGCGGCUUAUUCUGUAUCACUCCCAAAAUUUCUUAACGCUCCGCGAUGGAAUGUGCUCCACUGUCCACAUUGUAGAACAUGAAAAUCAAGGAGGGGCUGAUGAAAAUUGAUUCCCUUGCCUGAUAAACUUCAAAAUCUGUAUUUAAGAACUGCAUUUUCAAAUGUUUUAGGGUCCUAAGUACUCCUUAUUGUUUAAAGCUAAAAGGACAGAUCCAGAUGAGGAUGACUGAAGUUCAGAAUUUCAAGCUUAAACUAAGCCUACGCAGACUAUUCUGCCAGCCAUUUUGAUGCUUGGCUUUAAGAUGAACAUUUCAUUCAGCAGUGUAAGAGGGGUUACUGAAUGUUUAACUUCAGUCGAAGCUGACUCCAGUUCAAAGUGGGAUCUCUGUGUAUAUGUACAUAUGUGCCUUCAUGUGAAAAGGGAAAAGUGGAAGGAAUGAAAGAGCAAAUUUACUAAAGCUUUAAAGUGUCCUUCCUUGUUAAAAAAACGCUUGUAAACAUGGGGGUUUGUUCUGCCUUUUUUUUUUUUUUUGCUUUUUUGCAUUGCUGCUCUUUCUGUUGCUUACACCUAUGGGGCCAGAAAGAACAUGGCCCUUUCUGUAAUGCUCAUGAAAUAGUUCAGCUUCCUGCAGCUGUGAAAGUAGUUCACAAAAGUAGUUCACAAACACAGCUCUCUUGUACUGAGGUAUCUUGUCUUUUGCAAAUUACUUCUGUUUCAUUUGGGCUGUGGAAUAAUGGAUCACAACGAGAUAUUUUUACCUGAAACUUGGACUUCUGCCUACUUGAUGUGUACUCUUAAUAGUGCUGUGUGGCAGAAUUGUACAGCAACACCAACAAGAGGAGGUUUCUGGGUAUUACCCACUUCGGUGGAGGUCUGUAAGUGUGGCAGAGAUGACAACCAAAGAUGAUCUUAGAAGCAGCUAGGUAGGAAAGAUACAGCAUUUGGAGACAUGUUUAAGGAAUUCUGUAGGUGAGUAUUGAAAAAGACUUGCAGAAAUACGAAGUAUUGUGUGUCUUACAGACUUGGGAGUUGAGAGAUACAAGACUUCAGGCCUUAGAGAAAGGGACAGAAGAGCAAGCAUGACCAUAAACCAGGUGAGGGUCUUAACACAAAGCAUUUGAUUCUUCUGGGGGACUUUAUUUUAUGCAACUAUAUAUAUAAAACAAAAUAUUUUGGAUGAUGGGGGGCAGGAAAGCUUUCAGAAACGGUAUGAAUUGGUCUUUUCCUAAGUUUUGGAGUGGCUAUUACUUUACAUUUGAGUUUUUCACUAGCUAAACUGUCCUCAAAUAUUGGUCCCAAUCAGUGUGUUAUAAACAUAAUAUAGUCCCUAGCUUCACAGUCAAAAAUGGCCAGGCACAAGUGGGUGUUCUUGUAUCUGAAUGUUGUGAUUAUCUGCAUUUAAAUAAAAUGUUUACUGACUGUCUGUUACUGGCAGAAUCUGAUUUUCA